AUGUCGCUCUCCAACGACGACCCCGAGUCGGGCUCGCGCGACAUGGUCGCUGCCCCCAAGUCUCAGCGCUCUGGGUUCUACCGCUGGUACGCUAGCGCAUGGACGCAGACGAUCAUCGUGUCGUUUUGCUGUUUCUGUCUGCCAGGCAUGUACAAUGCCAUCUCGGGCAUGGGUGGUUCCGGUCAGCUUGACCCCACUGUUGGUGCCAACGCAUCAGUCGCCCUCCUCUCAGUCGGUGCUGCUACAGGUCUCCUCGUCGCGCAGCCCGUCUUUGACAUCUUCGGUAUCCGCACCAUCAUCCUGGGCGGCUGGACUUAUGCGCUUUACACCGGCUCCCUUCUCUGCUACAACCACACCCACAACGGCGCCUUUGUCAUUGCGUCGGGUGCGAUCCUGGGUCUCGGCGCCUCCUUCCUCUGGGUCUGCCAGGGUGCCAUCAUGCUGUCAUACCCGCUCCCCAACAAGAAGGGUCUCUCCAUCAUGGUCUUCUGGAUCAUCUUCAACUUUGGCGGUAUGAUUGGCUCGUUCAUCUCGCUCGGCCUCAACUACAACCGUAUCAAGGCUGGCACCGUCAACGACGGCACGUACGUUGCCUUCAUGGUCAUCAUGAUCAUUGGUUGGGUCCUCUGCUUCUUCCUCCUCCCCUCCGAGAAGGUCAUCCGCUCCAACGGCACCCACGUCGUCCCCAUCCGUCACUCGGACGAGGAGCCCAUGCACUGGUGGCAGAACUUCACCCAGACCGCCAAGCGCGAGUUCUUCCACAUGCUCAAGCUCAAGGACGAGCCUCGUAUUCUCUUCCUCCUGCCCCUCUGCUUUGCCGCCAACUGGUUCUACAGCUACCAGCAGAACAUUGUCAACGGCAAGUCGUUCACCCUCCGCGCGCGUUCCCUCAACUCGGCCCUCUACUGGGGUGCCCAGAUGUUCGGCGGUGCCGCCAUCGGUCUGAUCUGUGACAUGCCAUGGUUCACCCGUCCCCGCCGCGCGCUUUGCGCGUGGGCCUUUGUCUUUGUCAUGGGCAACGUCAUCAUGGGCGGUGGUCUCGCGUACGAGAACUGGUUCGAGGCUCAGGACAAGCUCAACUUUAUCGACUUUUCCGACGGCAAGCUCUACGUCGGCCCCGCUUUCUUGUACAUCUUCUACGGUAUGCUCGAUGCCUUCUGGCAGGGCUUUGCCUACUGGAUGCUGGGCGCGCUCUGCAACACCCCCAAGGAGGCUGCGCGCUUUGUCGGUGUCUACAAGUCCAUGCAGUGUGUCGGUGGUGCCGUCGCCUACCGCCUCACCGCCAACCACCUCGCUGCUCGCAAGCAGUUCAUUUCCAACUGGGUCAUCAUCGUCGCUGCCCUCAUCUGCGCGCUUCCCGCCGUCUUCAUGAUCACCGAGCCGACCGAUAUGGAGAAGCGCGGAGAGUUUGUCAGCGACGAAGACGACAGCCCCGGUGCCAAGAACAAGAUCGCCCACCAGCACAUGCACGAGAAGGACGUUCCUACGAUGCAGCACUAG